AUGACAUUUAUGUGGAUGAAAUUGUUGUUAUUUGGAUUUUGGAAUAUUGAUAAAAAAGUUGGUGAUAGAUUGAACAAUUUUACUGUUUCUGUUUGGCAAUAUGAUCCUGGUCCUCAUAUCAAAUAUAACAUGGUGGAUACUGAAUACUGUAUUUGUGUCCACUACCCGAACACAGCAGAGAGAGGCACCUGGACAAAUUUAACAUGUACGAAAAUAUGUAUGGGAAGAUUUGUUCUGUUUGUUUUGAACAACCCAGAUUAUUUAUCAAUAUGUGAAUUAGAGAUAUUUGGUGAUAUAUACAAUGGCUGUUCAACACAGUACUUACCUGAAAUUAAUAUAAAGAAAGUGGUAGGUAAACGUUCCAGUCCACCAAAUUGUACACUCUUACCAUAUGAAGUAGCCAAUGUAUAUGAGUGUAUCCACCAAUGUUUACAGAUGAACAACUGUAUCAGUUUUAAUUAUGGUCCUAAUUUAAUCAACACUGUUAAUUGUCAAUUACCUUUCACCAAUUGGUUUGCUCGGAUACAUUUCCGAAUAAACUGGUUUAAACUACACGCAGUUGUAACUUUACACGCCAGGCGUGAUAGUGAAAGGAUUUUCUACAGCACCAUGAGCACCGUGGACAAAUCCGAGGCAACACCAGCCGAGAAAGCAUCACAGGAUGAUACAUGUACCUCUCAGGAACAACGAACACGUAAGCUUACCGAGAAAGCGCAACAGGAAUAUGAAGCAAACGUCACAUCAUAUUACUCAAAACUCCAGCUAUUGAAAGACAAUGUGGACUAUGACAUUGGGACGUUCAAAUCAAAAGAUCAAACUUACGAAUCUUUGAAUGUGUGCAACAGCCGAAUCAGCACAGCCUUACAAAGAUUUCUUGAAGUAGCCGAAGAAUUCACUCAGUAUUUGACACGAAAAAAUACGACUGAAAGUCAACGAGAAUUACGAGCCCAUGAGUCAGUUUAUACGAAUGUAAAACUCUAUGCAGACGAGGUUCUCCAAGAAAUUGCCCAAAGAAAACAAACAAUGAAUGCCAGUAAACCAAUAUCAUUAAAAUCAGGAAGCGCCCGUAGGAGGAGAUCGUCAGUAAAUUCGUCCAUCAUAAAAAUGAGGGCUAGAGUCGAAGCUACAAAAGCGUCGCUGGAAUAUGCUAAAAGGGAAACCGAACUUAAGAAGGCAGGUGCAGAAAUGCAACGAAAACAGAUGGAAAAUAAAGCCGAUCUAGAACUUCUUAACCAACAGAAAGCGGCAGCUAUAGCUAGUGCAGAGUAUGAAGGCGCAAUGGACGAACUUGGAUCACAACGUGAUAUUGAUUCCCUACAUGAAAUUCCUAAACAAGAUGAACAGGAGCGAACUAGACAAUACAUUGAAGACCAAAGAAAUCGAACGUUCUUAGCUCCGAGUCUUCAGUACAACGCGAUUCACAGGGAUCCGUUUCCAAACGUCACUAGUACUCCGUUCAUACCGAGAUUCCACAACUCGCAUGUGCCACCUCAAUCAGCACCAGAACGUGCUUCCAGCAUAAUACUUGUGCCACCUCCACACCAAGGUGAUCCCGCGAUAAACAUUAAUUCUUCGCCGUCUCAACCUCAAAUGGACAAUUUACCGUCUUCGUCUCUACCGCCGAUGAACGUAUCUUCGUCUCUUCUUCAACCUCCAGCUAAAAGUGACAACAAUGCUACUUUGAGCGACUUUUCACGUUUUCUUCUCAAGAAAGACCUUCUUAUGUCACGAUUUAACCGAUUCAAUGACCGACUUGAAUCAUACGCUCUCUGGAAGUCAAACCAAUUUGAAAAUAUGACAUUUAUGUGGAUGAAAUUGUUGUUUUUAUUUGGAUUCUGGCAUACUGAUAAAAUAGUUGUUUUUGGAUUAGAGAAUCUGGCACUAAACAAACCAACAAGACAAACUAGUUAUUAUGGCAAUCAUGGUUUAUAUUCUUCCAAUGCGGUCGAUGGAAGUCUAAUGAACGACGACUAUAGUUGCUCUCAUACAACAUAUCCAACAGAUACACCCAAUUGGUUGAUGGUUGACUUACAAGCUGAAUAUGAAAUUACAAGUAUCAAUGUCUUAAAUAGACAAGACGAAGCAGGUGAUAGAUUGAACAAUUUUACUGUUUCUGUUUGGCAAUAUGAUCCUGGUCCUCAUAUCAAAUAUAACAUGGUGGAUACUGAAUACUGUAUUUGUGUCCAUUACCCGAACACAGCAGCGAGAGGCACCUGGACAAAUUUAACAUGUACGAAAAUAUGUAUGGGAAGAUUUGUUCUGUUUGUUUUGAACAACCUAGAUUAUUUAUCAAUAUGUGAAUUAGAGAUAUUUGGUGAUAUAUACAAUGGCUGUUCAACACAGUACUUAUCUGAAAUUAAUAUAAAGAAAGUGGUAGGUACACGUUCCAGACCACCAAAUUGUACACUCUUACCAUAUGAAGUAACCAAUGUAUAUGAGUGUAGCCAUCAAUGUUUACAGAUGAACAACUGUAUCAGUUUUAAUUAUGGUCCUAAUUUAAUCAACACUGUUAAUUGUCAAUUAGUGAGAUGUUUUUCACACCCAAAACAAGACUUUACUGUAGAUAGUGAUUGGAUUUUGAGAUAUUUGUCACAUUAA